GGGCGCGAUGAGUGAAUGAGGAAAUGGCACGUCUGUCUCUGGGAGAGGGCUAAACACGUGCAAAAUUCUGAGAAACUGGAAAGGAUAAAACAUUUCAGCAUGUGUGGGCUUAACUUUCUGGUGUUUGUUUGGAUUCAGUAUGCUGUACAUUCUGCAAGCAGUGAGCAUGUUCCUUUGUCAGAUACAUUUGAUGAACUUCUGAAGGAUUCUGAAGUCUACUCAUCUAGUUCUGGGGACAGUUUAUUCGAGCAACCUUCUUCUUUUGAUAGAGAUGAUGAACUUCUGAUGGAUUCUGAAUUCUACUCAUCUAGUUCUGGGGACAGUUUCUUUGACAAUGCAGAUUUGGAUUCCAUGUGCGGUCUUCAUGCACAAUAUUUCAAAGCUGACGGAGGCCACUACUGUAUGUGUGAGGAAGGGUACACCUCAACAUCAGGGGAACUCAUCUUUCACAGUCCAACAGAGUGUAGAAGAAAUGUUUCAAAAGUCUUAGAAGAAACAAGAAACCUGGACACGUUCAUUCUUCAACUGAGUCAAGAAGAUUUGCAGAAAAUGUCUGUGGUGGAAAUUGCUAAUCUCACAGAGAGAAUUGUCAGCAUGCCGCAAUGGGAGAGCAUGGAGCCUGAAACCAAACACACUGCAGCCUCGAAGCUGCUACGGACCACGUCCAGUUCGAUGAUGGCUGUAGCCUUGAAUAAACCUAAUGGGACGUUGACAACAUCAACAGAGUCUUUGGGUCUCAAAAUACAGGUUCACCACGGAGACACUUCAGCAAAUGAAAGGUUGAUGUUAAAUGUGAGGAGCAACAACAUGGAACUUUACUGGAGAACAGUCAUUGGACAAAACUAUUCAGGUAUCGCGGCUGUUGGUUUCUUUGCCUAUAGCAACCUGGGCUCCAUUUUGGAUGGGGAUUUUGUGGAUGAAGAAUACGGGAAAAGGCAAAAGAUGGGCAAGAACUACUGGAUAAACUCAGAUGUGGUGACAGUGACUGCGGCAAACAUGCUGAAAACCAGAUUGCGCGAACCUGUCAACUUCACCUUGAGACACAAUGAGGAAGUAACGUCUCAGAGAAUUCCAGUUUGUGUCCAUUGGGAAAAUUCAAAGAAGAGAAGCUUCUGGUCUCCGAGAGGCUGCAAGGUGCUUACCUUCUCUCAAAACAGCACAACCUGUGGAUGUUUGCACCUGGCUAACUUUGCAGUCCUGAUGUCCCCUGCAGAAAUGAAGGAUGAAUAUGCCCUUCACCUGAUUACUCUCGUUGGAGUCAGCCUCUCGCUCAUCUGUCUCGCAAUUUCCAUCAUCACGUUCGCCUUGGGCCGUUCAAUUCAGAGCGAGACCCGGACCAUUCACCUGAAUCUGUCCAUUAGCCUCUUCCUGGCAAUAUUACUGUUCAUAAUGGGCAUUUCCAGGACAGGUCACAAGGUGGUAUGUGCUAUAAUAGCAGGGACCUUGCAUUACCUCUUCCUGGCAGCGUUCGCCUGGAUGUUUUUGGAAGGACUGCACCUUUUUCUCAUUGUGAGAGACCUCCGGAAGGUGAAAGUCUCUCAAAAAACAGUGAUCAGGAACGUGCACAUGUACACAGUCGGUUAUGUGCUGCCCGCUGUCGUGCUGGGGAUUUCUGCAGCUAUCAACCCCAAUGGUUUUGGUACAUCACAACACUGUUGGCUACAGUUGGAGAAGGGAUUUAUCUGGAGUUUCCUCGGACCUGUUUGCUUCAUCAUUGUGGUCAACACAAUUCUCCUUAUUUCCAUACUGCUGAUACUGCAGAAACAACUCUCUGGGCUUAACACUAAAGUGUCGAAGAUCAAAGACAAACGGAUGAUGACAUUUAAAGCCUUUGCACAGGUGUUUAUCCUGGGAUGUAGCUGGAUUCUUGGCUUGUUUCACUUUGGGAGAGAAACCCUGGUGAUGGCCUAUUUAUUCACUAUUGUCAACAGUUUCCAGGGCACCUUCAUCUUCAUCAUCCUCUGUGUUUUGAACAAACAGGUGAGGAAAGAAUACCUUCAGUGCUUCAGUGGAGCGAAGAAGCCACAUUUAUGGUCGGAGUCAGCGAGUACAAGUGUGGUGACAGCAACGCUGGGAGAGAUGAGUGCUGUGGAAUCAAAAGUGUAAGAGCCUGAGCCAAUCUGUCGCGUCACAAUACACGGUGCACUCUGCAGAUAACACAGCUCUGAUUUCCUGUGAUCGUCCUGAUAUGGAGGGACCUGUCGAAUUAGUUCAGCAGAAUUCUACGUAAGAACAGACAUCGCUUCUAGAAAACCUGCAACAACACGGCUGAAGGAAGGGGAUUGCAAAAACAUUAACUGUCACCAUCUUUCAAGGAAGCUAGAUAAAGGUUUACGUUCAGUGCCCUGAAUCUCCUCUGAUGCUUAUGAACUGAUCUGUAUUUUAACUCCUCCUGCCGAAUGUGUAAUCUUUUGCCCUCAAAAAAUUAGCCAGCAAAAACUGCACUGCUGUCGGAUUUAGAGUGAUGAAUUGAACUGGCAUGUGUUACUUUCUGUGUGGGAGACUUUCACAUUAUCAGUCACCCCCUUUGUGUGAAACCACACUCCUUUAAAUUUCUCGGAAAUGAGCUUUCUCUGUUUUUAAACUUCUGACCCCUUAUCUGAGGCUCUGCUCCACCGACGAGACAGGUUCCUCUCCAUUAGCUCAUGAUAUCAUUUCAGAAAUCUAAAAUCUCAGCUAAAUGGCGCAUAUCGCCUAUCAGGGAGGCUAUGAUCUCGCAGUAUAUGUUGCUAUUCUCCCAGGAGACUCAGCUAGACCUGGGUUCAAAUUCGGCCAUGGCAGAUUGUGAAAUUUGAAUUUAAUAAAAAAAGAAGAAUCCAGAAUUAAGAAUCUACUGAUGGCCACAUUGUCAAUUCUCAGAAAGACCCAUCUGAUUCACUAAUGUCCUUCAGGGAAGGAAAUCUGCCAUCCUUACUGGGUCUGACCUGCGUGUGACUCCAGGCCCACAGCAAAGAGGUUGACUCUCAACCGCCCCCUGAAAUGGCCUAGCAAGCCAUUCAGUUGUACCAAAUCGCUACAAAGUCUCAAAGAAAUGAAACCGGACGGAUCAUCUAGCAUCAACCCGAGCGUUGGAAAAGCCAAAGGCUUGUUGACCCUGCAAAGUAUUCCUCACCAACACCAGGGGGUUAGUGCCAAAAUUGGGAGAGCUGUCCUACAGAGCAGUCAAGCAAGAGCCUGGCAUGGUCAUACUCUCGAAUCAUACCAAUGUCUCAGAAACCACCGUCACCAUCCCUAGAUGUGUCCUGUUCCAUCGGAAGGACAGACGCAGCAGACAUAGCGACACAGUGGGAUCUGGUCAGGUGAGACUUGCUCUGGGAGCCCCCACCAUUGACUCCAGAUCUCAUUAGGUCUCAUUGCUUCAGAUUAAAUAUGGGCAAGGAAACCACCUGCUGAUUACCACUAACCUUCUUCCCUAGCCUGAAGCAUCAGUAUUCCUCCAUGUUGAACAACACUUAGAGGAAACACUGAGGAUGGCAAGGGCACAGAGUGUACUCUGGUUGGGGGAUUUCAAUGUCCACCACAAAGAGUGGCUCAACGGUAGUACUACCGAUCAAGCUGGUCGGGUCCUAAAGGAUAUAGCUGCUCGACUGGGUCUGCGGCAGGUGGUGAGGGAACCAACAAGAGGGAAAAACAUACUUGACCUCAUCCUUAUCAAUCUGCUGGGUACAGAUCCAUGAUAGUAUCAGUAAUAGUGACCAUCGCACAGUCCUUUUGGAGAUGAAGUCCCGCCUUCACAUUGAGAACAACCCCCAUCGUGUUGUGUGACACUAUCACCGAGCUAAAUGGGACAGACUUCACACAGAUCUAGCAACUCAAUACUGGGCAUCCAUGAGGCGCUGUGGGCCAUCAACGGCAGCAGAAUUGUACUCCAGCACAACCUGUAACCUCAUGGCCCAGCAUAUCCCCCACUCAACCAUUGCUAUCAAGCCAGGGAAUCAACCCUGGUUCAAUGGAGAGUGCAGGAGGGCAUGCCAGGAACAGCACCAGGCCUACCUGAGGAUGAAGUAUCAACCUGGUGAAGCCACCAAACAGGACUACUUGCACGCCAAACAGCAAAAGCAGCAAGUGAUAGACAGAGCUAAGCAUUCCCACAACCAACACAUCAGAUCUAAGCUCUGCAGCCCUGCCACAUCCAGGUGAUGGACAAUUAAACAACUCACAGGAGGAGAAGGCUCCACAAAUAUCCCCAUCCUCAAUGAUGGAAGAGCCAAAGCAUUUGCAGCAAUCUUCAACCAGAAGUGCAGAGUGGAAGAUCCAUCUUAGCUUCCUCCAGUGGUCCAAAUAUUGCAGAUACCAAACUUCAGCCAAUUUGAUUCACUCCAUGUGAUAAUCAGAAACGGUUGGAGGCACUGGUUCCUGCAUUCAGAAGCCCUCACAAAACUGGAAUCAAUGGGUAUCCCGGGGCAAACUCUCCGCUGGCUGGAGGAAUAUUUGGCACAUAAGACGAUGAUCAUUGUUGUUGGAUGUCAAUCAUCUCAGCUCCAGGUCAGAAGUGGGAUGUUUGCCAAUGAUUCCACAAUAUUCAGCACCAUUCAUGACUCCUCAGAUAGGAAAGCAGUGCGUGUUCAAAUGCAACAAAAUCUGGACAAUAUCCAGGCUUGGGUUGACAAGUGGCAAUUGACAUUCAUGCCGCACAAAUGCCAGGCUAUGACCAUCACCAGUAAGAAACAACCUAACCACCAAUGGCGUUACCAUCACUGAAUCCCCUACUAUCAACAUCCUGGGGGUUAUCAUUGACCAGAAAUUCAACUGGGCUCACCACAUAAAUACUGUGGCUACAAAAGCAAGUCUGCAGUUCUUGUAUACAGUAAUACAUCUCCUAACCCCUCAAAGUCCACCAACUACAAGGCACAAGUCAGGAGUGUGAUGGAACACUCCCCACUUGCCUGGAUGGGUGCAGCUCCAACAACACUCAAGAAGCUUAACACCAUCCAGGACAAAGCAGCCGCUUGAUUGGCACCACAUCCGCAAACAUCCAGCACCGACACUCAGUAGCAGCAAUGUGUACUAUCUACAAGAUACGGUAUUUUGGCUCAGUGGUUAGUGCUGAUGCCUUAUAGCACCAGUGACCUGGUUUCAUUUUCACCUUUGCACAACUGUCUGUGUGGAGUUUGCACAUUCUCCGUGUGUCUUGGUGCUCCAGUUUCAGCAAAGCUGACGUUUCGGGCCUAGACCCUUCUUCAGAAAAAUUCUGAAUUUUUCUGAAGAAGAGUCUAGGCCCAAAACAUCAGCUUUCCAACUCCUGUGAUGCUGUUUGACCUGCUGUGUUCAUCCAGCUCUACACCUUGUUAUCUCUGGUCCAAAGCACUAUAGACCAAACACUAUUUAUGUAGCCACUUGCCAAUUAAAAUUCAGAACAGAACAUUUUACUCUUUUUUUUAACACAACUGAAUCCUGGUUUACUUUGCUCUAUCCCUUAAGUAGAUUUUAUUGGACCCAAUCCAAAUGAUGCACAGCUUCCCAGCAUUUGCGUUUGUUCCUUUCCUUUCCCACCUGGGUACCUUUUAACCAUAGACUGUCCUCCACAGUAUGGGUUUUCCCUAGCUCUCUUCCUUCUAGUGUGAGAUAAGCAAAUCUUUCAGCGUUGUUUCACAGCCUGUCCUGGGUCAGAGCAUGAGCUCCCACCCUUGUCUCCACACGCUAAACCAUAGAGAUGUUAAACCAGUCCUGAAUCUUUGUGGACUGUCUUGACUAUAAGGUUGAGGUUUCAGGGAUAUCUUAGAAACCCUUCCCCUUUCAAAGUCUUACUCAAUGGUGAUGUGAAUCAUCUGGGCCUUGUUUCCAGGUAGAAAUACUGGUUAGCUAUUCCUUUGACCAGAUUCUGUACUUUUGAGAAAUUAAUAAGACAGUUCAAACCAUUAUGUUUCACAAACUACCAUUCUCAAUGUUUUCCUGGGACACUGGAGAUGAGCAGUCUGACCACUGUAAACACAAGCACACCAGCAUUUCUGCAGAUGUGAGUACUUGACAUCAUCUUUCCAGUGAACCAAUCAGGGCCUUCCUUUGAUGUUUAACAGCCUGUCAUCUCAGCCUGUAAACAGGCAGACUUCAGCAGUGGUCACUUGAUCCCCUUCAAUUUACUUUAAAUGAAAGGUAUGAUUGCAAAGCCUAACAGUUUUAUAAGCCUCAUAACUGUAACAUUUGCUUCCAUUGUGUUGUAGCCGUCUAGAUAUUGUUAGAGUGCUCCCUAAAUUUUCAUUGUUUUAAUUUUAUUCUUUUAUAACUUUUGCAUUAUGAGCUGAAAAUGACUGAUGGACUUUGGGAAGCUUGGGUUAAAAAAGAAAAGAACAGACCAAGCAAGUUUUCUUGGCCUGGAGGCUAAUUGCUGACUGAGCCUUGAUUAAAAUUUUCUAACAGAAACAGUAACAUGCGGGAAGAGUGUUUUGUUUAACCAGCUAACAAACAUUGGCUAUUACUGAGGGGAGUACCUAGAAAUUGGCUCUAGUAAGUCUGAAAGAGACCCUAUGUUCAAGCUGCUGGAAUGCUAACUGAGGCCUCAGUGGAAAGUUGAUCAGUCUAUCAAGGCGGAAGUCAAAAUUGAAAUUGUUUUUUUGAUAGACGGCUCUGAGAUGCUGUGGAGACUCCAUGAGGAUUUGAAAGCCCCCUGCCUAAUCUGAUACACCAGCUUCCAGAAGCCUAAAGAGAGGCAAGCUGUAUUCUCAGUAUUGCUUCCUCUACCUGGGUGAACUGAGAAGGUGACCCUGAUCAGUAUUUCAGCAAAAAAAAUAAGGAAUCCACAUUUAUGCCUGUGAACAAUGCAUUGUGAGGGAUAAUCAAGCAAUCUGGUCAGUAUAAUAUUACUUUAGAUUUAUCCCUUACAAUCUUGUUUUGUGUGUGAAUGGGACUAUGAACAAACGUUUCAAAUGUAAAGUGCAUAUAUUAACCAGCUGACAGUAUAAAAACCAAAAGAACUGUGGUUGCUGUAAAUCAGAAACAAAAACAAAGUUGCUAGAAAAGCUCAGCAGGUCUGGCAGCAUCUGAGUUCUGAGGAAGGGUCACCAGGCCCAAAGCAUUAACUGUUUUUUUCCUUCACAGGUGCUGUCAGCGCUGCUGAGUUAUUCCAGCAACUUUGUUUUUG